AUGAAUUUGCAAGCUCUUUGUAAUCUUCUGCAAGCACAGUUUGAGCUUCAUCCUGAUCCGGAACGUGAAAGUAAAGUGUGCGCUACUCUAUCUGCAUUCUACGUCUUUCAUAGACGAGCAAAUGAUUACGCUCAAUUACGUGAAGCCUCUGUUGCUAGUAUUUCUCAACGACUUUUUACAUUAUUUGACACUGCAGCGACACUUGUCUUACCCGAUUGUCCAGAAUUACUGAUGGAACAAGAUGAUGCCUCCAUGAUACUGUUUCAAAAGAUCAACAGAUAUCUUUUUCAGGAACUCGAUUUUAAACUAGAAGAAUAUGUUCAUGCCGAGACAUCCAAUCUCUUUACCUUAUCAUCACUUAUGAUACUACCAUGUAGAAUGUUAUCGCCAUUGCCAUCCCUACCAGUUUCAUCAUCUAUGCCUCUUUUAUCUUCACUAUUUGAAUUACCUUUACCACCUAUAGAAUGGGCAGUUAACAUCAUAGAAGAACUAGACUAUACUGUCUAUCUUGCACUCCAACUUAAGCCACCAUUAAUCGAAUGGAUUCAGACAAUCAUCGACAAACACUACAAUCCCAACAGUCUCAUGCUGUAUCUAUGCAUUGGAUGGGACGCUGUGAUGGCCCGCUACUAUGAAAUCAUAAUGACUCCCAUUGGCACUAAUCAUCGUGCUCAAGUACUAAACGCUUUUAUCGAUAGAUUACGCAAUACUAUGUGCUAUCCUGCUCGUGUAUCUAUAGUAUCAGCUUGUAUUGCUUGA